GUCUCAUUUCUUGCCCCCCUUGGCAGCCUGGACUGCAUCAAUCCUCCUCUGAAACUCGGCAUCCUGCUUCUCCAGCCUGCUCUCAAAAUCUGCCGUCAGUUUGGCCUGCCACGCCUGCAGGGAGGCCUCCACGCUCUCAGAUGCACUCAGGCCGCUCUCCUGCAGCCACACACAGAGGGGCGGCCACAUCCACAAGGCAGAGAGAGACACCACCUGACUGCAUCCACGAGUGUCUGCUCACUCUCUUGUCAGCUGCUGGUGCCGGCACGUCUGUGGGGAAGUCCUCCACAUUGGGAACCUGCGUCUCGGCCGCUGGUCGUUUGGCGAACACACCGACAGGAACUGACAGAGGGACAGACACACAGAGAGAGAGGGCCACGCAAUCAGACUGAGCGAGCCAUUUCAUCCAUCAUACCUUUCAGCAGCGCCUUGAUUGCUUCCACCUGCGCCUCGUCCGUGACCACAUCCUUCUCCUCAAACGCCACCACAGGCGGCAUUGCCGGCAUGAGGCUCCUCGCAGGCACCACACGCACCUCCUCCCUCGUCACAUACACAUACUGAUACAGCUUGAAGUGCCGAAAGAAAGUGUCCAGCACGUAGUUGGUGACGUCUUUGACGUCCUGGGUCGAGAAGACACCCACAGACCAGGGCGGCCGCUGCACGCUGUGCCGCAGCAGGAGGGCUUUGAACAGGUCAAAGGCGGCGUGGAUGUCCAGCCGCGUCCUGACUGUCUGCCGAAAGAGAUGCGCCAUCAACGAGCAGAGGGCCGACUGUUUGCGGUCGCUGAAGCCGCUCUCCAGGCAGAAGAGAUAGUUGUUGAGGUGAAAGUCGGACAGAAUCUCCUUCCGAAACCCCUCCUCCGCCUCGACGUUGAAAACCCGGUCCAGCACAUGCCUUGCAUAGUCUCGUGUGCCCUUGCCUGCCAUGGUGGCCAGGUCGGUCCUCGUCAGGUCCUUGAAUGUGAAGAACUCCCCCUUGCUCAGCCCCAGCGCCGGCUGCGUUGUCUGCGGCAUCCUGGCAAUGCAGACUGAGCCACAAACUCGCCUGAACAGCGCAAUGAACGGAAGGGCAACACGACCAACAGUGCAGAAAGAUCAGCUGCCCUGAGAUUGUUGCAUGGUUUCCC